CUGUCCGGUCAUUGUUCUCGCGCCGGUAGGCGCAGAGGUCCCGGCCUGCGGGCCUUCUGCUCCAAAGCCCGCGAGCUGCGGCCGGGCUUCUCUGCGGCGCACGUAGACAAUACCCAUCCUGGCCCUGGGGAGAAACUCAAGAAGAAACUUUUCAGCUUAAAGAUUAGAUGGGGCUUGACCUCUGCUGGGCAGCCCCCAGCUGUAGGAGUUCCCCUGCUGAGCAGAGAAGAUGACUGCAGAUUUGAGAGAAGCCAUGGCCUUGGCCCCUUGGGGUCCAGUGACAGUGAAAAAGGAGGAGGAAGAGGAAGAAAACUUCCUAGGUCAGGCAUCCAGCCAACAAGUGCACUCUGGGAACAUCAAAGUCUGGGCUCCUGGAGAGGGUCCCCAGACAGGCCUUGAUGUAGCAGAACAGGAGGAAAAGGGUCAGAAUGUGUUCUGGGACAUGGCAGUAGUCUUGAAAGCAACGCAGGACAUGCCUGCUGCUUCAGCCCUUGGCAGCUGCUCAACACCAGGGACUGUGGCCAAGACCGAGAUACUGGAGACUCAUGGGAACAUGACCUCUCCAGCUGCUGAAACCAAGAACCCACAGUUGUUGGUUCCCAAAACUGAGAUCUGUGAUGAAGCAGAAGAACCCUCCAUGAUACGAGGCAGAAUCCAGAAAGCUGACCCUCGAGGAUCUGAGUUAGGAGAAGCCUGUGAAAAGGGGACCCUGUUAAAGAGGCAGAGAAUUAAGAGGGAAAAGAAAGACUUCAGACAAGUGACAGUGAAGGAUUGUCAUGUACCUGAAAGUUUCAAAGAAGAGGAAGACCAGAAGUAUCAGACAUUUGGGGAAAGAGACAGCCUUAGUUCUGGCCCUGUUAAAAAUCAGAAAAGCCAGCCUGGGCAGAAGCCUUUUACAUGCAGUGUGUGCGGGAAAGGUUUUAGUCAGAGUGCUAACCUCGUAGUGCAUCAGCGGAUCCACACUGGGGAGAAACCCUUUGAAUGUCGUGAGUGUGGGAAGGCCUUCAUUCAGAGCGCAAACCUUGUAGUGCAUCAGCGGAUCCACACUGGCCAGAAACCCUAUGUUUGUUCAAAAUGUGGGAAAGCUUUCACUCAGAGUUCAAAUCUGACUGUCCAUCAAAAAAUCCACUCCUUAGAGAAAACCUUUAAGUGCAGUGAAUGUGAGAAAGCCUUCAGUUAUAGCUCACAGCUUGCCCGCCACCAGAAAGUACACAUUACAGAGAAAUGCUAUGAAUGUAACGAGUGUGGGAAGACAUUUACCCGGAGCUCAAACCUCAUCGUACACCAGAGGAUCCACACCGGGGAGAAGCCCUUUGCCUGUAACGACUGUGGCAAAGCCUUCACCCAGAGCGCAAACCUUAUUGUGCAUCAGCGAAGCCAUACUGGUGAGAAGCCAUAUGAGUGUAAAGAGUGUGGGAAGGCCUUCAGCUGUUUUUCGCACCUCAUCGUGCACCAGAGAAUUCACACUGCGGAGAAACCGUAUGACUGCAGCGAGUGUGGAAAAGCCUUCAGCCAGCUCUCUUGCCUUAUUGUGCACCAGAGGAUUCACAGCGGAGAUCUUCCUUACGUGUGUAAUGAGUGUGGGAAGGCCUUCACCUGCAGCUCGUACCUGCUCAUUCAUCAGCGAAUCCAUAAUGGGGAGAAACCUUACACAUGCAGUGAGUGUGGCAAGGCCUUCAGGCAGAGGUCGAGCCUCACUGUGCACCAGAGAACCCACACUGGGGAGAAGCCCUACGAAUGUGAGAGGUGUGGUGCUGCUUUCAUUUCUAACUCACACCUCAUGCGCCACCACCGGACCCACCUGGUUGAGUAACAAGCCGAGGAAGAGGAGGGCCUCCAGGCAUUGGUCGUGCCUACUGCCUCUCCGACGUACACCUCUUUGCUUCCUCCUUUGUAAAAGCGAGGCCUGCUACGUCCUUAAAAUGAACAGUUUUCAGGAGUGCCGCACAAAACACAAGCGUUUCAGAGGCUAAUUUAAAGAAAAUGAAAACUAAGCACCUAAAGGCAAGAGCUUUGUUUUUAACUGUACCCUAAGUGGUCACAUUGUCUGAAAUAGAAUGUGGCUUUCUUAGAAAUGGGUCAUACAAAGGUGAUAAAGUGAUAAAGGCCCCAUUUGGGGAAAGGUAUUUUAAAAUUUUUUUCCCCCUUCCGCCUCCCCCUCCACUCCGGUUCAAGCCGAGUUUCUCAGCCUAGUUGUGUAGGACACAGCUCCCUGGCCCAUGCUGGUGUCAUGA